UUUACUUCCCAAACAGGGUGAUAUGAUGGCGUCAUUGUUGAGAGUCGUGGCAGCCAGGGCAUCGUUCCCGUCUCAGUUUCACUCUACAAGACUACUUUCUCUUGUAAAGAGAGCAGAGAGAGGCUUCAGUUCCGGCAGAGCAAACCACAACGUUGUCACCUCAGAUUUUCCAGAUAUAGAGUUGACUGCUACCAACUUGACCAGCCACGUCCUGAAGGACGCAGCAGAGUGGCCAGACCAUGUUGCCACAGAAUGUGCAGUGACUGGUAGACGAUACACAUACAGUCAGCUGGUGGACCGCGUGGCCAGGUGGGCAGGGAUGCUGACCCAGCUGGGCAUUAGUAAAGGGGACGUAGUAGCCAUAAUAAUGCUCAACUGUCCAGAAUACCCAAUUGCCAUGCUGGGAGGCAUCAGUAUUGGUGCUACUGUCACAGUCGUCAACACGGCCUACACUCCAGAGGAAACUCUUCGUCAGCUUCAAGACAGCAGGGCCAAGCUGGUGAUAGGAGACACUACCUUGGAAAAGAAGAUUGAGACUUCACUUGUACUAUAUAAAAUGCCUACCAUUUUAGUUAUGAAUGGUCCAUCUAGUAUCAGCGGAGCUCUUAACCUGCGAGAGAUCCUGGAGGACACGUCUCUCCCAUUUAAGGACUGUGCAGAGGUUACCGGCGAAGAAGUGGCACUGAUGCCAUACUCAAGUGGCACCACAGGCAAUCCCAAAGGCGUGUCUCUCUCCCAUCGUGCACUUGCCGCCAAUGUUAAUAUGAUUGUUCAUCCAAGCGUCUUCGUUCCUCGUGAAACAACAGAAUCGUAUCAGGAGAGCUUCUUGUGCUACCUGCCUUUCUUCCACAUCUACGGAAUCUUGGUGAAGAUCCUGGUGGGACUACGGAGGGGUAUCAAGCUGGUGUGUGUGCCUAAAUUUAACCCAGACAUCUUCGUCAAGGAUGUCAAGCAACACAAGGUAAGACUCCUUCACACAGUUCCAUCUGUGUUAAAUUUCUUGAAUCAUUCCCCGUGGAGCACACCCGAGGCCUUGGCGUCCGUUGAUGCAGUAUUGUGUGGUGCUGCCCCAGUUCCUGCCACCUCGGCAACAGUAUUCAGGGAGAAAAUUAAGAAACAUAUCUUCUUCCAGGAAGAUGAUGUCGGGAUUUUUCCUAAUAAAGGGGCCACAGCAGCCACAAUCGACAGUAAAGGGUGGCUUCACACAGGGGAUACGUUGUUAGAGAAAAAGGGUUAUUUUUACCAACUGACCGAACAAAAAAAUGAUCAAGGAAAGGGUUUUGCAAAGUGCCAUCAACUGGAGAACGCAUCGAAGCACCCAACGUAG